AUGGAGGCGGUUCCCUUGACCUUGGCACAUACACACGCACGUAAUGCUGUCUUGGAGACUCGCAAGUCGAACCCCGUUGCAGCCAGCGAGGAGCAUGAUCUCGCUGCCGGCGAAUUUGCAGCCGCCGCCCAAAACUGCUCUGAUCACUACCGGCGGUCCUCCGCUCCCAGCACGAGCAUCCUGCCACCAGCGCUCCCGCAGAGCCGUCGACGACCUCUCCGCCGCCCGCGUCCCACCCGCGAACCCCCUAAUCCCGCCCCUUCCAAGACUGCUCCCGCCCCUGCAACAGAUCCCCAGCAGCAUCCUCCCCGACUGCCAGGGCACAGCCGCUCACUCCAGAGGGACACGUCGUCGAUCGCUAGUAACCUAGCGUCUGCGCGAGGCAUCCCCGCCCACCCGCGUCGUGGCUCUCCUGCCUCUCCGACCCUAUCCACUCACCAUGCGGGAGCGCAGAUGACCGAAUCUCCCGGGCGGGCGAAGACGGGAGAUACUCGACCCCGAGAGCUACAAUCCCAGGGUACUCGAGACCGCAGCAGCCGCGUCAGCGCGACUCCCAAGCAACCCUGGUCGCCCCCACCAGCCAGUCCGACGGAGAUCACUGCGCAACAGAUCGUGCCCCCAGAUGCCCACGAACCCGAGCGGCCCAGAGGCCGCCUGCUGUCGUCCGAUGAACCCUUCCAGCGCUUCUAUUCCACCUUUGAGGGCCUUAUCUCCAAGCUCUCCGCACCGCUGGCUUUUGCCGGACUGCCCCUGGGAACGGACACAUCCGGUCAGGCGGAAUUAACUCGUCGGAAGUCUCCGGCCGAGACAAAGGUCGAUCGUCAACAUGCCACGUCGGAUCGCUCCAGUCUCCCGGCGGAGCCGGACAUCAAUCAGCUCUUUUCACGUGCGGCGCUGAGGGCGAUUCGAGAUACUAAUGGGGGUAUACCAGGCAGUGCUGCAGAGUCCUUUUAUGUGGUUCCCACAACGGGUGGUACCCUCUCCUACGCUGGAAUCCUGUCUCGUGCGGAGAAGGAAGCCCAACGAAAUAGUCUGGAUGAGGGCGGUGAGGACGACUUUGUUGACGCCCGUGAGACGCCUUCGUCACCGGAAAUGCUGCAGAGUCUCUCUGGGGCCAAAGGAAAAGCGGGCCGCAGCCCUGACAAGAACAAUAAGACGCUGGAAGAGCUCCAGAUGGAGAACCAAGCUCUAAGACACCUGUCUGACACGCUGUCGAAGCGACUUCACAUGUGGGAAGUCAACGCGCAAUCGUCAUCCAUGGCGCUUCAGCAGUCGCUGAAGGCGAUACAUCAGCAGAACACAGCGUCCCCGACUGCCUCUUCCGCAAUUCCUCCUUCCCACGCACCAGCACCGGGGACCGCACCUGGAAUAACAGCUGAAACGGAUCGAAAAAUCAAAGAGCUCGAAGAGAUGGUCCGACGCAGCGAGAAGGAACUGGAUCGGGUCAACCGCGAGAAUGAGAAGCUGAAAACGGUGCUCGGAAGGUACCGCGAAAGGUGGGAGAAGCUGAAAGAAGGAGCCAAAACGCGGAGAAACGCCGAGGCGGCGGCGGCUGCUGCUGCUGGGGGAAAAAAGCCGGAGGCAGCUACACAACGACAGGAAGAUGACUCUCCUACGACCCCUGUAGAGACGCCGAAAGAAACUCCGAAGGAGACUCCGAAGAAGGCCUCAAAAGAUACGAGUAAAGAUGCUGAAAGUGUAGAAGAGACAUAG